AUGUUGGACGUGAACGCAUUUAUUGUUGAAAAGGGAGGAGACCCAGAGAAAAUCAAGAUUUCUCAAAAGAAAAGAGGAGCAUCGGUUGAAUUAGUUGACGAGAUUGUUAAGGACUACAAAGAAUGGGUCAGAAUAAGAUUCGAUUUGGAUGAAACAAACAAGAAGCUCAAUGCUGUCCAAAAGGAGAUUGGCAAGAAAUUCAAAGCUAAGGAAGAUGCAUCAGAGCUCAUAAAGACAAAGGAAGAAUUGAGCGCUCAAAAGAAGCUGUUAAUUGAAACUGAGGCUACAGCUGACAAGGAUUUGAGAUACAAGGUCAACCAAGUAGGUAACAUUGUUCAUGAUAGUGUGGUGGACUCCCAGGAUGAGGCAAACAACGAUUUGAUUAAGACCUGGUUGCCAAAGGACUAUGAAAAGACCGCUCAGGUUGCUGCAGGUACCAAUGCGCCAGCUUCUUUAUCGCAUCACGAAGUCUUGUUACGUUUGGAUGGUUAUGAUCCGGAAAGAGGUGUUAGAAUUGUUGGCCACAGAGGAUACUUUUUGAGAAACGUUGGUGUUUGGUUGAACCAAGCGUUGAUCAACUAUGGUCUUUCAUUCUUGCACAGUAAAGGAUAUACGCCAUUGCAAGCACCAGUUAUGAUGAAUAAGGAAGUUAUGGCCAAGACUGCGCAAUUAUCGCAAUUCGAUGAAGAGUUGUACAAGGUGAUUGACGGUGAAGACGAGAAAUACCUUAUUGCCACCUCUGAACAACCAAUCAGUGCGUACCAUGCUGGAGAAUGGUUCGAAAGUCCUCAGGAACAGCUACCAAUCAGAUAUGCAGGUUACUCCUCAUGUUUUAGAAGAGAAGCUGGCUCUCACGGUAAAGAUGCAUGGGGUAUCUUUAGGGUGCAUGCGUUUGAAAAGAUUGAGCAAUUUGUCUUGACCGAGCCAGACAAGUCAUGGGAGGAGUUUGACAGAAUGAUUGGUGCCUCAGAAGAUUUCUACCAAUCUUUGGGUUUGCCAUACAGAGUUGUUGGUAUUGUUUCUGGUGAAUUAAACAAUGCUGCUGCUAAGAAGUAUGACUUGGAAGCCUGGUUCCCAUUCCAACAAGAGUACAAGGAAUUGGUGUCAUGUUCCAACUGUACCGAUUACCAAUCAAGAAACUUGGAAAUCAGAUGUGGUAUUAAGCAACAAAACCAAACAGAAAAGAAAUAUGUACACUGUCUCAACUCCACAUUAAGUGCCACCGAAAGAACAAUCUGUUGUAUCUUGGAAAACUACCAAAAGGAAGAUGGUUUGGUUAUCCCAGAAGUAUUGAGAAAGUAUAUCCCUGGUGAACCAGAAUUUGUUCCUUUUGUCAAGGAGUUACCAAAGAAUUCUACUUCUCAAAAGAAGGCCAAAGGUAACUAG